AUGACGGAACGUGACGUUCAACUGCGACUAGACGGGGAUAUGUCGCUCGCCGAGUUAAUCGAUACCACCGAUUUCGUCAUAGACUUUAUCGGUCGCAAGUCUAUCAGCAUAGGGCUCGACCCGUCUAGAGAUUUCGACGUAUCCAUCAGGAUAAUCACGCCGUCGCGGUUCGUAUGUAUAACAGCUGAUUUUCUGCGACGCCUUUACUCGUUGAUGGGGCAUAUUCUAUCGAUUAUAACCGAUCCGCCGGUUAAAAGCCUCGAGAAACUGUUACUCCGGGACGAGACGAUUACACUGUGCAAAAUUAGUUAUCGCGGCAAUAACAUGCUGGUAAUCGAAUCCCACCGCCAGAAAGGACGUCGUGUAUUAUUGAGCAGACGAAAUCUAUUAAAGCUCCAAGACAUGCGGUGGAUUAUCAACGAGGUUAUCGCCCAAAAAUCUAACAUUAUACGUCACAUGGUGAUGGGACAAACUGAUCUUAUGGCCGCAUAUUUAUACGCAAAUAUACCGGCGGAAAAAUCUUUGUCAGUCGAAGAAAUUACAGCGAUCAUAUGCAAUAUCCACAGCGAUUUAUCGACACUCAAUAUCGUCCCGAAAAAUGAAUACAGUUUCGCGAACCAGAUCAAAUUGUUUGCGCACAAACAACUCGCCGAGUGUUGGCACAAGAAAAUGCGCGAAGACGGUACAGCUGGCGGCUAUCCGAUCAACGACGAUGUCACCGCCGCCGCAGCCACCGCUGACGUCAUCGAAUGGCCGAUCAGACUCGAAGAAAUUGACGGGUCAGCGAUGUUUUCUUAUACAAACUAUUGA